AUGUCUGCAUCAAUACUCAAGCGAGCAACUUGCUCAAUCGCUAGCAAGACAUACUCUCAUGGACGGAUAGCUGCUCUUCGGAAAACACCUUUCAUCUCUAAGCCAAUUUGUCAACGAUCAAUGCACACCACAGAAAAUGAUAGCGCAAAACCAAUGAACCCGGACCCUAGAGAGAAUCCUGCUCAUGAACUCACUUUACCACGAGGAACAAAUGUCGGUCGCAAGCGUUUCUCAGACUUUGAACUCGCUGGAAAGGUCUUUAUUGUUACUGGCGGUGCUCAAGGUCUUGGAUUGACCUUAGCUGAGAGUCUUGUCGAAGCUGGUGGAAAAGUGUAUUGCUUGGAUCGUGCUGAUCAGCCUGAUCAAGGAUGGCAUGAAGCUCAAGCACGCGUCGUCCCAGAAUGGGGCGGAUCUCUACACUACCGCAAACAAGACGUAUCAGACGCCGAAGGUCUCGAUAAACUCAUCACCGCCAUCGCAGAUGAGAACCAAGGCCUCGACGGCGUGAUAGCCGCAGCAGGCGUCCAGCACAUUUCGCCCACAGUGGAAUACAGCGCAGAUGAAGUUAAACACAUGCUCUCCAUCAACUACACAGGCGUUUUCAUGACCGCCAAAUCAGCCGCCAAGCAAAUGAUGAAGUACAAGAAACGCGGAAGCAUCUGUCUCAUCGCCAGUAUUUCCGGCCUCAAAGCAAACCGCGGUCUUGUGUCACCAGUUUAUAAUUCCAGCAAAGCAGCUGUUAUCCAACUUGCGCGCAAUCUUGCUAUGGAAUGGAGUCCUAUUCAGAAAGACGGAACAGGUGGUAUUCGUGUUAAUUGUAUUAGCCCUGGACAUAUCAUGACGCCCAUGGUGCAGAGCAACUUUGAGGAAGUGCCUGGUAUGCGAGAGGAGUGGGAGAGGGAGAUUAUCAUGGGGAGAUUGGCGGAGACGCAGGAGUUUAAGGGUGCGGCGUUGUUCUUGCUGAGCAAUGCGAGUAGCUACAUGACCGGGAACAACCUCGUGAUCGAUGGAGGACAUACGUCGUGGUAA